CUUUCCUUCUUAAAAUGCAUUUAGGUCCUGUGGCUGUUCUAAUUAUCCUGAAGCCCCUGCCCAUCCCAGGCCCACGUGAUGACUAUUCUGGCGAACGGCAGUGCCGUAUAGCCCCUGCCCACCUUGUGACUAAUGCUCACUUCACCCCCGAGCUCGGCAUUCCGUGUCUCCUCUGUGCUCACCUUGCCGUCAAGAAGAAUGCGGGAGCAGGAGGGGAGGAGAGUCCCUUGAGAGAAAUACGAGUCAUGGGUGUGGUUUAUGAGUUGCGGAUGCUGCUCCCGUUUGACCGCAUGCAGAAACUGGAACUCCCUGCCGUUCUCCACCGGCGGUUUUCCCCGGCGGAGGGCGGAGGGGAGGGAAAGUUCACGUUGGCGGCUCUCCGGGUCAGUGGUGGUGAGAGCUGGAGCUCCGUGAGGCUUUUGGGAUUGGCUUGGACUGUGAUGGGGGCCCGAGCGCUGAGAGGCCGCGAGGUUAUCAGGGGAUAUGAAGGGCGCCUGCUGAGCACACCCUGCACACCGGCGAGCGUCCCCAGCGUCUGACAGCAGUCCCCUCAGUCAGGAGCAGAGAAAAGCCCGGGGUGUGGUGGGUUGUCACGGCCACCCAGUGCAGAAGUCGCAGGUGAUCAUAUACCCCCAGAAUGGGGGAAAGCCUUAGAUGUUUGGUUGUACCUAAGUGUACAACUGUAAGAAUUAAGUCCAGUCCAUCCCUAUGAUGGAAUAAGAAAAUGCUUUUGUCGUCACGUAGGAAGAAUGCUUAAAACCUUGGCAAAAUGGUGACCUUGAGGCUGAGAAUAUUCAGACACAUAAACCCUCGUUUCAAAAAUAAAAGCUGUCACUUCACACUUCAGAAACAAAAGCCUAGGCCUUUUCUUUCCCUGGGAGGGUGGAAAGGGUGCCGCAGGCGUCCACGCUUGCCGAGACGUGACGAGGCAGGCCCGUAGCGGGCCCCGUGCUUGUGAACAGGAGCAGCCCGGGAUGGGUUCGUGCCUCCUGACGGCUUGGGGUGAUGAGGUGUUGUGCAGGGUGUGCGCUUUCUCUGCGGCAGCGGGCUCUUCAGGAGCAUUAGGGGCUCUGCUCUGUCCCAGUCUCCACUGUGCCCUGUAUACCUCGCAGGCCUGUGGUCUGCUGCUGUGUCCAGCCCAACCCAGAGCAGAGCCCUCUCUGUGCUGUCCUUCUCAGGGACGUGUGGGUUUGUGUUUUCAGGGUUUGGUGACAUUCUCAGACGUAGCCAUCAACUUCUCUCAGGAGGAGUGGGCGUGCCUGGACUCCUCGCAGAGGGACCUGUACUGGGACGUGAUGUUGGAGAACUACAGUAACCUGGUCUCCCUGGAUUUAGAGUCACCAUAUGGGACCAAGAGUUUGCCUACAGAAAAGGGCCUUUAUGAAAUAAAUUUAUCCAAAUGGAACUCAAAUGGAAAAAGUAAAUCCCUUGGCCUUGACUGGAUGUGUGAAGGUGAGUGUGAAGGACCACGGGGCCCUCAAGAGGGCUGUUUCAAUCAAAUGAUAAUCAACUGUGAGAAAACGCCUACUUGUAGAGAAAAUACCUCUGUUAGACCACAUCAGAGACUUCAUACUAGGGAGAAUUCCUAUGAAUGUAAGGAAUGCGGGAAGGCCUUUAGUCGUGGCUACCAGCUCACUCAGCAUCAGAAAAUCCACACGGGUGAGAAACCCUAUGAAUGUAAGGAAUGUAAAAAGGCCUUUCGUUGGGGUAAUCAGCUCACUCAGCAUCAGAAAAUCCACACGGGUGAGAAACCCUAUGAAUGUAAGGACUGUGGGAAGGCCUUUAGAUGGGGUUCAAGCCUCGUCAUUCAUAAGAGAAUCCAUACAGGAGAGAAACCCUAUGAAUGUAAGGACUGCGGGAAAGCCUUUAGACGUGGUGACGAGCUCACUCAGCACCAGAGAUUUCACACUGGGGAGAAAGACUAUGAAUGCAAAGACUGCGGCAAGACCUUUAGCCGUGUGUAUAAACUAAUUCAGCACAAGAGAAUUCAUAGUGGUGAAAAACCCUAUGAAUGUAAGGACUGUGGGAAGGCCUUUAUCUGUGGCUCGAGCCUCGUUCAGCAUAAGAGAAUUCAUACUGGUGAGAAGCCCUACGAGUGCCAGGAAUGUGGGAAGGCCUUCACUCGAGUCAAUUAUCUCACCCAGCAUCAGAAAAUCCACACUGGUGAGAAACCUCACGAAUGUAAGGAGUGUGGGAAGGCCUUUCGCUGGGGUUCGAGCCUUGUUAAACAUGAGAGAAUUCAUACUGGUGAGAAGCCGUAUAAAUGCACAGAAUGUGGGAAGGCCUUUAAUUGUGGCUACCACCUCACCCAGCACGAGAGAAUCCACACGGGUGAGACGCCUUACAAGUGUAAGGAGUGUGGGAAGGCCUUCAUCUAUGGGUCAAGCCUCGUUAAACAUGAGAGGAUUCAUACAGGGGAAAAACCCUAUGAAUGUAAAGAGUGUGGGAAGGCCUUUAGUCAUGGCCAUCAACUUACACAGCAUCAGAAAAUUCACACUGGUGAGAAGUCCUUUUGAGUGUAAGGAAUGUGGGAAGCAUGUAACCACGUGAACCAUCUUAGAGAACAUCAGUGUUCACGCUGCUGAUAAACCUUUUGAACAAAAAGAGAGGACAGAAGCUUCUAUAGAGCAUUUCUUCCUUCCACAGCACAAGGAAAAUCCAUGAUACCGUUUAGCCUGGGGAAGCCUUCACUGGUCACUCCUGCUUAUAGCUCCUCAGAAUAGUCAUGCUCAAGGCACAUUUGGAGAACGGAGAAAUCACUUCUUCAUGAUCACAACACACUAAGUGUAGACUUGUUUUUUUGUGGGUUUUUUUGUCUUGCUGAAUUGGUUUCAUGGGUGGAUAGAAGCCUCCCUCCACCAUUCAAGCUCUAUCUCAGAUUUGUUCUAGGGAAUAACUCUGCAAAUGUAACCAUGUGGGAGAGCGUCCCGCCAUGGUACACACCCUCCCUGUUACCAUCACCAUCCCACCCCUUUACUCCUGUGACACACUGGAAAAAUGACCUUGUUACCCCUGUGCGUUGUGUGUGAGAUGGGGACAAUCACACCUGCCUAAUACUGCUGUUGUGGUGACUGAGUUUGGUACAUGUAAAUUCUGACAGUGUAUCUGGAACACUGUGUAAGCUCAAUAAAUAUUAGCUGUUGUUCUUAC